AUGUCAGAAAGUUUCAGCACGCCUCAACAUGAUCACAAGGGUACCGUCACCGACGUUUUGCGCCAACCCGAGCAGGCCCACCACGAGUCGCGAACAAAGUCGCUCGCAAAGAACUACAAAGGCUUCGUCGCAGGAGUCUUCUCGGGUAUAGCGAAGCUCUCUGUCGGCCACCCUUUCGACACAGUCAAGGUUCGAUUGCAGACUUCGCAGAAGUCACAAUUCAAGGGGCCGCUAGACUGUCUGUUACAGACCCUAAGAAGAGAGGGAAUUGCAGGAAUCUACAAGGGCGCAACUCCGCCACUGCUAGGAUGGAUGGCCAUGGACUCUGUCAUGUUGGGGAGCUUGACAGUUUACCGCAGGCUGUUGCUUGAAAACAUAUUUGCCAAUCCUGCUUUCCGGCCCGGGAAGAGCGCCUCAGAGCUCUCACACGAGAAAUUGCCUGCUUUUGGACACGGGAUCGCAGGAACCAUGGCGGGCGCUACCGUUUCUUUUAUCGCUGCGCCCGUUGAACAUGUCAAGGCAAGGCUACAGAUUCAAUACGCCGCGAAGAAGAAGGACAGGAUGUACAGCGGUCCCAUAGACUGCACGAGAAAGAUUCUCCGUUCCCACGGUAUUGCUGGCCUCUAUCACGGCUUGUUCUCAACAUUAAUCUUCCGCUCAUUCUUCUUCUUUUGGUGGGGCAGCUACGAUAUCCUGACGACCUGGUUCAAGAAACACACAACUCUAUCCACUCCUGCAGUCAACUUCUGGGCCGGCGGGAUGUCGGCACAGGUUUUCUGGCUGACGUCCUACCCUUCAGACGUGGUCAAACAACGAAUCAUGACAGAUCCUUUGGGAGGUGCUCUUAAUGACGGCACUCCUCGCUUCAAACACUGGAAGGAUGCGGCUGUUACUGUGUAUAGAGAAUCCGGAUGGAGGGGUUACUGGAGGGGCUUUGUGCCUUGCUUUCUCCGGGCAUUUCCCGCGAAUGCGAUGGCGUUGGUAGCUUUCGAAGGUGUGAUGAGGGCACUGCCUGAUUGA